GCGAAUAUUGUGAAUUGUGAUAUUUAUUUUCAAUAUUUUUAUUUUUGUUUUUAAAAGAUAUUUAAAUAGUAAUGGAUUGGUCUAUUAUAAGGAGUCAAUUUAAACAAACCUGGCUUACUACAUUGAUGAGUUUGAUUCUAUUUAGUGGUGUUACUUAUUUUCUAAUUUGGGCAGAAGGAAACGCGAUCCAAAGUAACCUGAUGUUAGAUGAGCUUGUUUCUGGAGCGGAAACCAUAGACGUAUUCGUGGGAGAUGAAGCUGCUCGGUACGAGGGUCGAGUAGUUCACAUCAUUGGGCCCUUGCAGAUUCUUGAACCCAUAUCCGAACCUGAUUAUAAUAUACAUGUGCAGGCAGUCAAACUGAGGAAGAGAGUACAAAUGUAUCAAUGGAUUGAAGAAACUACGGAGACAGAGAAUUUCUUGACAGAGCGAGCAGAAGAAUCACAGAAGACCUAUUGGUAUCAUAAAGAGUGGAAGGAUUAUGUGGUAGAAUCGUCACUGUUUUAUAUCAGGCCUGGCCACCACAAUCCCACUUCCAUGCCCCUCUUCAGUGAAACACAAAUAGCAGAAAAUGUUAAAAUUGGCUGGAUGUAUUUAGGUUUAGAUGUGAAGCGUAAAGUUAAUGAUUAUUAUGAGAUUUGGUCCGACACCAGACCAGAGAGGAAUGACAUCAAACUCCACUCUGGAUUUUAUUACCAUGGGAAUAGCCCUCUAGAGCAUGAGAUUGGAGAUUUACGUGUCCAUUUCUCGUAUGCGGGGAGAGUAAACGACAUUUACACUGCAGUAGGAGUUGUUGAACGAGGCACCCUCCAGCCAUAUAGCCCGGCCAUCUUCCCGGCUGCCGAUCCGAUAUCUUUGUUCCGGAAGGGAUCCUACACUUUGAAACAGCUCUAUGAUUUGGAAAAGCGUGACGCUAACACUCACACAUGGAAGUAUCGACUGCUUGGCUUCGUGCAGGUGUUCGCUUCGGCAAUGACUCUCCAUCCUGAUUGGUUGUCUAUAUUUCUUCAAUGUAAAUGGAUUUCAAGCAGCUUCAAGCGAUGCACUCGUCUCUGGGUCAACCUGGUCCUCUCGUUCUCGUAUACACUACUGGUCAUAUCACUGCCGUGGUUGGUCCACAAGCCGUCGUUCGGUGCUCUAGUGUUGGGCGGCGCGGUUCUGCCCCUGUUGCACUACUCCACGGUGCUCUCGGGGCGGGCGGGGGGCGAGGGGGACACCCGCCAUGAUCGCUACGAGGACCGCUGACAAGCCCCCCUCCACGUGGUCCUGCCCCACCUGGUCAAGAUGUGCGUCAUGGCACUGACCUACGCGAUCAUUGCGUUUCAAGUCGUAGAGCGUUAAAUAUAAUGUUUGUGUGCUCCAUUAAAAACAAAUACAACAAAAUAUUUUAAAUACUACACAAGUAGUUGCCGAAAUAUUACCAAAAUCUUAAAGAAAUAAUAGUUUCUGGUGCGUAAUAUUAUACGAAAGUAUUAACAUUUUUAAUUGCGGAGUCAAAAUUCC